AUGCGCAACACGCUCAUUUUCGCUGGUAACUCAUGCCCAGCUCUCACAGGCCAAAUAUGUGAGAACUUGGGCAUGACUCCUGCCAAAGCGGAGCUGACCCAAUUCUCCAAUGGCGAGACAAGUGUCCGGAUCCUAACAAGCGUCCGAGAGAAGGAUGUCUUCGUUGUCCAGUCUGGGAGUCCCAGAAUCAACGACUCCAUCAUGGAGUUGCUCAUCAUGAUAUCUGCUUGCAAGGGUGGCUCUGCCAACAAGGUCACAGCUGUGCUCCCGUACUUUCCCUACAGCCGGCAGUCGAAGAAGAAGUCUCCUAGAGGGGCCAUUACCGCAAGGAUGCUGGCCAACUUACUCGGUGUUGCUGGAGUUAAGCACGUCAUCACCGUGGACCUCCACGCUUCGCAAAUGCAAGGCUUCUUCAGGUGUCCGGUUGACAACCUCCAUGCUGAGCCCAUUAUUGCCAAAUGGAUCAAGCGAAAUGUGCCAAAUUGGCGAGAGGCUGUGGUGGUGUCCAAAAACCCAGGUGGUACAAAGCGCGUUACGUCACUCGCUGAUGCUCUCAAGCUGAACUUUGGGCUGGUCACCACCGAUAGAAGACGCGGGACAAACAUGACGGGCAGCAUGAUCAUGAGCCAUCUUGAUGGAUUCGAUCGACGGUUUGACGACUCGACGCAGAGCGACAAAGCCCAAGCCGCAUCGCGGAGAAAGAGCGCUGUGCAGCUCGACUCUGACUAUGAUGAUCGUCGUGCCCAAGAAGUCAUUCAUGGCCGACUGAUUCAAGGCCACAUCGUCGAAGAUGACUUCCCAUCUCCAGGACGGUCUACGGCCGGGAACAGCGUGCAGGGCGAUGAUCCGAUGACCAUGUCUCAUGCUUCGUCCUUCUUCGCGCCCGAUCGCCAGUCGCUUGCUGGCGGCGCCAACGGUGAAAGCAGCUCUGAUGAGGAAGACAACGCUUUCGAGGAUCCUACGGCAGAGCACAUGAUCACACUUGUGGGAGACGUGAAAAACCGCACUGUCUUCAUAGUCGAUGACAUGAUUGACAAGCCAGGAUCGUGGAUUGCUGCGGCCGAAACUGUGGUGAAGAAAGGCCGGGCCAAAAAGGUGUACUGCAUUGCUACCCAUGGUGUCUUUGGCGGAGACUGUUUGGAGCAGCUGCAAGCAUGCGAGUGCAUCGACACCAUUGUUGUUACAAACAGCUUUCCCAUCAACGAGGAACGAGUUAGAAACUCGAGUAAGCUGGUCAUCUUGGAUCUCUCGUUUCUCCUGGCUGAAGCCAUCCGUCGAAACCAUUAUGGCGAGUCCAUUUCCCCCCUGUUUCAGCAUAUAGGAGAUUGAAAUACGGAGGUGUGAUGAUUGCAACGUGUAAGUUGAAGGCGAAUUGCCGCCUCUUUUCAAGACUGUUGAUGGUCUGGCUGGAUGGAUCUUUCCAGUUGUUUCAUUUUUUAGCGUGGCGUCUUUGGAAUGAGGAAAGGACAGAGAAACAAAAAAAAGGCUUGAUGAUUUAUAUGAACAAGGUCAGUCAAUUGAUGAAUAACGAUGAGUCUCGUG